GGCCGGGCUUCUCCUUCCGGGCGAUGGGGGGCGGGUCGGGGCGGAGACAAGAUGGCGGCCGGGUGCCUGUGGCGGCGGCUCUGUCAGGGAUCAACUUUUCCUGUCAGUUAUGCAAGCAGAAUUAUGCAAAAGCAGUAUUUUCUUCCAAGCUCCAACUUGAUGGGAGCACGGCUGGCUGGAUCCCAUGUUGAUACACAGGAGCCUAAGACCAAUCCUUUGGUAUCUAUUUCAGAUGAGCCAGAAACACUGUACAAGAGAUUGUCCAUUUUAGUUAAAGGUCACGAUAAAGCUGUGUUGGACAGCUAUGAAUAUUUUGCAGUGCUUGCAGCUAAAGAACUUGGCAUCUCUAUUGAAAAAGUAGAUAAACCUCCAAAGACGAUAGAACGAUUUACACUUCUCAAGUCUGUACAUAUUUACAAGAAGCAUCGAGUUCAGUAUGAAAUGAGAACACAUUACAUGUGUUUGGAGUUAAAAUACCUAACAAGCAGUACUGCUGCAGUUUACUUGGAGUAUGUGCAACGAAACUUACCUGAAGGGGUUGCCAUGGAAGUAAAAAAGACUAAGAUAGAGAGAAUACCUGAACACAUUAAGAAACCAGUUUGGGAUACACUACCUGAAGUGGAAGAAGCUGAAGUCAAGUCAUGAACACACCAGGUACUUGGCUCUGUUAGUACUGGAAUUCAUUGCUCCUAUCAGCCUAAUUUACUGUUAAAUAAAAGUCCUCUUAUAAAGAAAUUUUA